CUUUCAAAUUCUCAAUCUAUAAUAUUUUGUUCCCUUUGUUUCUCAACAAUUUUUUUUUUUUUUGGGAAGAACAAUAAGAACCAAAAUAUCGUUAUGUUCCUAAAGUACUCCCCAACUCCACCAAAUUUGUCCCUCUGUGGUCUCGAAUCUCAGAAGAUGGUGCCUAACUGUAGCAGUAGCGUUUCAGUGAAUGAUACUCAGCUCUUCCAAUUCUCUUCUGGCAUUCAACAGCUUGCUGAAACUCGUCGUUUUAAAGCUUGGUUUCUAGAUCAGUUUGGAGUUCUUCAUGAUGGGAAAAAGCCGUACCCAGGUGCUAUUUCAACAUUGGAAAAGCUGGCAAAAACUGGGGCUAAGAUGGUGGUUAUAAGUAACUCAUCAAGACGAGCAUCUGUCACGACUGAGAAGUUGAAGAAUCUGGGAUUUAAUCCUUCUCUCUUUCUAGGUUCCAUAACCAGUGGAGAAUUAACACAUCAAUACCUGGAAAGGCGAGAUGAUGCUUGGUUUGCAGCUCUCGGAAGGUCAUGCAUCCACUUAACCUGGAGUGACCGGGGUGCUAUAUCUCUUGAUGGUUUAGACCUGAAGGUUGUGGACAAUGUUGAAGAAGCUGAAUUCAUUUUGGCCCAUGGAACUGAAGCACUUGGACUUUCUUCUGGAUCUGUUGUUCCUAAGCAACUGGAGGAACUCGAAAAGAUAUUGGAACAAUGUGCUCUUAAAAACAUCCCUAUGGUUGUGGCCAAUCCAGACUAUGUAACUGUUGAGGCUAGAGCUUUAAGAGUUAUGCCUGGAACACUUGCAGCGAAAUAUGAACAACUUGGCGGUGAAGUCAAGUGGAUGGGAAAGCCUGGAAAGAUUAUCUAUGAAUCAGCCAUGGCCAUGGCAGAUGUGGAUGCAUCGGAAUGCGUUGCUGUAGGGGACUCACUUCACCAUGAUAUUAUGGGUGCAAAUUUAGCUGGAAUGCAGUCCGUAUUCAUCACAGGAGGUGUCCAUGCGAAUGAACUUGGACUUGAGCAGUUUGGUAAAGUAGCAGAAGCAUCAAAAGUACAAGAUCUUGCUUCUAUAUGUGGUGCUUAUCCCACAUAUGUCGUACCUGCUUUCACUUGGUAAGAGCACAAGUGGUAGACUUAUACAUGGCUUAUCGGAUUUCUGAAGAAGCUGAUAUUUGAUCAUGAAAAGUGAUACGGAACCUAUACGAUUUAUCUCUUGGCUUGUUUGAAGAGGCAUUGUUCAUUGUAACAGUGAGGUUCUAUAAUCAUUGCAUCAUUUCAGUUGGUGUGAAAGUGUGUCUGAUUUUUACCAAAUUUCUCUUACAACAGUUACAGUUAAAUUCACAAAAGUAAGCUUGAAUGUUUUCAUGUUUGGGGUACUUUAUGCACUUGUAAAUCUGAAGCAAAGACAAAAAAAUAAUAAUAUUGAGAUAGCUUGCAGAAGUACGUUCUAUCUUUGAUUUUCAGCUCAAAAAUUAAGGCAAAUGGUUUGCCGAUGUUGUAAAACUUUUAGCAUAGCUGGGUAGAAAUUAAAGAAAGAGAAGAAGAUUAUAAUCUGAUAAAGUGGAUAAUUUACAGCAAUUGGAGGAUUAUUGCAAGCAUUUGAAAUGCUUGUUCUCUCCCAAAUCUAAAAGAGAGACUAUCACAAUGAGAAA